GCGGCUGGCGAAAAGGUCGGCGGAGAUUGAAGUUUGUUUCGCCAAUGCAGCGAAGGGCAGGGUGGAGUUUCUUUGUCAGUGGGUGAACAUAUGGCUUUGUAAAUCCGCCACCACACCCCCCCCCCCCCCCACCCCCAUCACUGCUGCAGCAGAAUAAGCAACGCGGCUUUGAAGAGCCGCACAUUUGGAGAGGGGCUGAACAGGAAGAAGGGCGAUCGCUACGUCGGAACACAGAAAACUUCCUGAUCCAGCGGGGUAAAAGGAGUUUAGUGAAGUACCAAGUCAACGUGUUAUCAUGACCGUAUCCUCCUGCUCAUCCACGAAGCCACAUUGUGGCUUGCUCUCUCCAUAAAAGUACUCUGUGCUUUACUUGAAGUCAGCACUUUCCGUUUCUUUUGGUGGGUGUUGAUCGCCUCAAAUGGCAGAGUCCCACAGUUUCCUGUCUGAGCUGGGCUCGGAUUCCGCCUGGUCUCUUCUGUCCUGGGUCGCUUCCUUGCUGAUGAUCUUCGGCGGUGCAGCCCCUUACAUCCCGCAAUAUCGCGACAUCCAAAAGAGUGGCAGCGCCGAGGGGUUCUCCACCCAUGUGUGUUUAGUGAUGCUGGUGGCCAAUAUCCUGCGCCUCUUCUUUUGGUUUGGGAAACAUUUUGAAGUGACUCUCCUCUGGCAGAGUAUUGUCUUAAUAAUCACCAUGCUGGCCUUGUUGCACUUGUGUUGUACUGUACAGAGAUCAUCCAGAAUGAGCACUAGUAGACACUUUUUUACAGAUUUUGAUCCAAGAUAUUUUUGGGCCUGGAGCCGCUUUCUUGAUUACCUCCAGUUUUGUUUAACCUUCACUGUGUUGUGCCUCCUUCUUACGUACCUGCUGAUUGACUCUCAACUUUAUGUGGAAACUCUUGGCUUCUCAGCAGUCCUCAUUGAAGCCAUGUUAGGAAUGCCUCAGCUUUUCCAAAACUUCAAGAACAAGUCAACAGCAGGAAUGAGUGUGAAGAUGGUGCUGUUGUGGACACUGGGUGAUAUCUUUAAAACAGCUUACUUCAUUAUUAAUGCAACUCCAGUACAAUUCUGGAUUUGUGGAACUGUUCAGAUUUGCAUUGACAUUGCAAUUUUCUUUCAGGUUUUCACUUAUGGACAAGGAGAGCAUGAGAAAUAUAUGUAAUAAGAUUGAAAAGUGACAGGGAAUGACUGCCAGGGUGGUAUAAUACUAUGCACAAUGUCGCUUUAAUAUAUUUUUCUUCCCAUUUCUAUGGAAGAAUAUCCUGUGCUUUAACAAUAUUGAAAGUAUCUAAAGUGCCUUAAUAGAAAAAAAAUUCUACCAUAACUUAUUUCCUGCAGGGUGCAUUCUGUUGAUGUCCAAAAUCUCCAAAACAUGAAGCAAAUUGUACUUCCAACAUGAGUGGGGAAGAGGUGUCUUUAAAAUCUCACCAUUUAGCUAUCAGUACAAUGAGGCCAACAAGAACAGCAGCAACAAGAACAGAGAGGCAUUCAGCCUUGAUAAUUGUGCAGUAAGGUCAGGCAAGAUGAAUGUUGCUGGAAAACAAGAAAAAUCUCCUCACGCCUUAAUAUAAACUAAACUUGUAUUAUUGAUUAAGUUUUAUGUACAGGCUGCUGGUGGGAACUAUACUCACCGCAAAUACAUCGCUUGUCAUUUUCCACUAUGCACUGGUGGUGGUUUCGGUUCGUGCAUUGUCAGAGCAUAAACAGAAAGUUACUUCCUUUUUAAUCCUUUAAUAGUUCUUGCACGAAUUGCUAAAAUCUAAAAAGAGUUGAUACGUGCUUUAUUUAUAGCAUUUGUAGCGUUUCAUGUCUCCUGAUUAAAGACAAUAUUUUAAAACAAGUUUCAUCUAAACUAAUUUGGAAAUUUUAAAAAUACAGUGCAUAUUUGGAGCCUAAAUCAAUGAGAAAAUAUUCUUCAAUAUGACCUUCUCAAGAAUCAGUUCCAGUAUUUUAUUGCAUGCUGUUGUUCAUUUGAAACACUGAAAAUAGUCCUGUUUGAUGUCCCCUCCAACGUUUUAUUCUAUUUCUACUUUCUUUUGUAUUUCACACUGUUACAUUGUUGUCUUUAAAAAAAUCAAUUAUGCAGCCUUAUUCUUAGCCUGUUCAACCAAUUAGUACAGCAACUAAACAUAAAAUUUAAUUUGCCAUAACAUAAAUGCACAGUGAGGUCUAUGAGUGAAUAAUUAGGGUAGUAACUUUGAAUAAUGAGUGUCAUAAAGAUGGACAUUAUUGCUGAAAACAGUUCUGAUUCUAAAACAUAUUGUUCCUGGAAAAGUAUUUUAAAAGAUAUUUCCAGCUUAGUCAGAUUUUUUUAAGCACCUUAAAGGAGAAUAAAGCUUUCUCUUGCCAAACUUAAGAUAACAUAAAGAUAUUUCAAUCAUAAAAAGCUAACUUUUAUUUCGAUACUAUUUAACAGUCCAACAUAAAUGCAUUCAUUGUACCACUCAAGGUUCAAAAAUAUUCUGCACAUUGUGCAUCCAGCAGUGCUUCCAGUCAUUAGAUCCAAAGUUUGUUUUGUUUUGUAGAGUGUAAAUACUUUGUCCUUCUGGAGAUGGGAGUUAGGGAAGUAUUUUUCUUUUAUGAUCAGAGGUGACUGGGUGCCUGCAGUGCACAGAAAGGAUGUCAGUGAGACUGCGCUGCCUUCCCACAUUUGCCAAUGUGAGAAUGAGGCCAAUGGAAGCCUUAGCCUCAUUAAAAUGCUAUACUUGCUAGGCUCAGGAGGGCUAUAGAUUGACCUAAGAGUUGAGCUGGCAUGUCAAGUCAGGUCAGUUUGGUGAGGCAAGGUAGAUUCAUAAUUCAGAGGUGGGUCUCAAAUGGGGCAGGAAGGCAGCUGAUGGCAGAUGCAGGAGGAAGACUCCUGCUGUAUGGAAGUAACUCUGGUUCUUGGAUUUGUUUUGUGAACUGCACUGAUUAGGCUUCACAGCACCCUCUACAAGUAGAUGUAGUGCAAAGCUAAAAGUUGCCAUUCAGUCCCAGAGCCAGCUAUUUCUCAUUCUCAUGCAUUCUCCUGCCUGUUUCAGAUGGGCAGCAUACUCACACAAUAGGUGGUGCACCUGAAAAUUCCUUUGAGAAGAUAUCGUGGGUCACUCACAGCCAAUUUCCACACCUAACCGACAAACUGAUUUUCAAUUGCUGGACAUUUCUUUGUCCAGCAAACAAAGGAUAGACAACAAUUGAGAUUCAGCCUAAAAUUUCAUAACAAAGGGCUUUCAAAGUUAUAAAUGAGCAUUGUUUCUUUAUUUUACUUCUAAUACUCAUUUUAAGUUGUCAGCAAAAAAUAGAAUGAAAAUAAUACAAUAAAAGUCUAACAAAACACCAGAACUACAUCAGCACAGUAAUACAGUGGCAAUGGGAACAGGCUGGAUGCUGGGAAUUUUGCAGCAAGUAACUCAGUACCUUAAUUCCCAAAGCCUAUCCAAGGUGUAAGUUCAGCGUGUGAUGAGGCAUCCCCUACUUGCCUGGAUGAGUGCAACAUCAACAGUAUUCAAUAGCUCUGCAUAUUCAGGACAAAGCAGUCACUUGGUUGGCACCCCCAACCACCACCAACAUUUUCUCCCUCUACCACCAAAGCACAGUGGCAGCAGUGCAUAUCAUCUACAAGAUGCAUGGUAGCAACUCACUCAGGUCCAUAGCUAGCAGGUUCCAAACCCAUGAUCUCUACCACCUGGAAGGAUAAGGGAAGCAAAUACAGGGGAAUGCCACCAUAUGCAAGGUCCCUGCCAAACCAGACACCUUGCUAGCUUGGAACUUUGUCACUGUUCUUUCACUAUCACUGGGUCAAAAUCCUGGAAUUUCCUGUCCAGCAGCACUGUGGGUAUACCUACAUCACAUGGACUGCAGCAAUUCAAAAAGGCAACUCACUCCUACCUGCUCAAUGGCAGUUAGGGAUAGGCAAUAAAUUCUGACCUAGCCAUCAAUACCCACAUCCAGUGAACAAAUUAAAUAGAAAUACUCACUUUGUCAGCUAGCAGCUGCAGUGAGAGAAAUAGAGUUAACUUUUUAGGCCAAUUACCUUUCAUCAGAACUCAGACUCUAUGGUAUUUUGCUUUUCUAUUAAACAAAAUACUGUUGCUAAUUUAUUUUAUCAGUAUAAGCACAUUUCCCUUUGUCUUUACUUCUAAUAGGGCACAGUACACUAUAUAGACUUCUAUCAUCUGAUCAAAGUAUUAAUAAGAAGUUCAUUCUAAUGCCCUGCAACAUUUUACUGUUUGAGAAUCUACUUCAUUCUUACUCAUUGGCCAGGUGCUCUAUAAUGUCAUGUUACAUCAACCUGGAAAUAUAAUUUUUAUUUAAACUUCUUUCCAUAACUUAUCAAUUCCUUUACUCCAGGUGAUGAAAUACUGGAUUUUCUUAGCUGUUUCACCAAAUUAUCGUUGUACCUUUGGGAAGAAUCUGAUGGAUCAGUUUGGAAAAUGACUGACAUCUGGGAAAUGCCACUU